GCGUCGUCACUCGGCGUCAGACAGCGGUGCGAGCCGGUGAGCGCGUCCCAGUCCCAGGUCCCAGUCCCAGGUCCCAGUCAUAGGUCCCAGUGUGUCGGUUCUGUCAGCGGGAACAUGGAGCAGCCUUCAGUCCUCUGCAGCGGUGCGUCCGUCCACACCGGGGCUCCCGUGUCUCCGCGGCUCCGCUCGCUUCAUUGAGUCCAACCGGAGGCGGCUGGUGGUCAGAGGGACUGACGGAGGGACUGACGGAGGGACUGACGGAGGGACUGACGGAGGGACGGACCAACGGACUGCCGGGCGUCUGUACUGAAGCUGUGUGAGAAUUUGUUUGUUUCCCCCAUCGCGAGAACCGAGGGUGGAGAGACCCAGACCGCAGCCUGUGGUGAUUCAAGGGCGCUGUGGGCCAGGUGUCGCAAUUCAGACCAUCAUGCCCCUUGCUCUGGCAGCGGGACAGGACGUGUGUGUGUGAGCUUCCCUGGUCGGCUCUGCUGGGAUGAACAUGCCACUGCACCAAAUCUCUGUCAUCCCCCGUGAUGUCACCUCAUCACGGGUGUCGGGCAGCGGUAAAGCGAAGGACAAGGACAAGCAGAAUGAAAAGCCUCUGGGUCAUUCUGCAAGCAGGUCCAGCAAUAUAUCCAAGGCGGGUAGCCCGACUUCUGUCAACGCUCCGUGCAGUUUCUCCAGGACGUCGGUUUCCCCCUCCAGCCAGGACAUCUGCAGGAUUUGUCACUGUGAAGGGGAUGAGGAGAGCCCCUUGAUCACACCAUGCCACUGCACAGGGAGCCUGCGCUUCGUCCACCAGUCCUGUCUCCAGCAGUGGAUCAAGAGCUCUGACACUCGCUGCUGUGAGCUCUGUAAAUAUGAGUUCAUCAUGGAGACCAAGCUCAAGCCGCUGCGCAAGUGGGAGAAGCUACAGAUGACGGCCAGCGAGAGGAGGAAGAUCAUGUGCUCUGUGACCUUCCACGUCAUCGCCAUCACCUGCGUGGUGUGGUCGCUCUACGUCCUCAUCGACAGGACAGCAGAGGAAAUCAGACAAGGGAUCCUGGAAUGGCCUUUCUGGACCAAGCUGGUGGUCGUGGCCAUCGGCUUCACGGGCGGACUGGUGUUCAUGUACGUCCAGUGCAAAGUCUACAUACAUCUAUGGAAGAGACUCAAGGCCUACAACCGGGUCAUAUACGUGCAGAACCGGCCGGAAACGUGUAAAAAGCUGGCGCUGGAGAAGCCGCCGCUCAUGGAGCCGAGUCUGGAGAACAAGGAGGCGCUGGUCCCCACCCAGUCGGACACAAACUCCUCCCAGUACACAGAGACAGAGGACUACAGUAUGGAGGUGCUCCAUGUCUGACCGCUCAGACGACGCCAUUGGUUGUCCCUCGAAUGAGACACACACACAAACAUGCCCACGGUGACGCUGGAAGGACCAGAUCCCAGACUGACCCGCUGUCGUCUUCUGGUCUUAUGUUUCUGUAGAGACAGACAGACGGACUAUGACUGUCCUCCUUUGUCCUCACCCCUCCAUCCUCCUGCACCCUUACUCCACACUCAUUUCCCAGGACUGGACUGUUUUUACUCAGUUCUGUAAAUGUCUGGAGAGGCCUGGAGUUUACAAAUCUACACACACACAUACGCACACACACAUAUGCACACAUACGCACACGCACACACACACACAAAUUCUUGUCUGUACCUCUGGAGGAGCAGGACUGAGACAGAUGGACUCACAAACGGCUCCGGAGGUUUACACAUCUCUGACCCGUGGUUUCUUCGCUCGUGGGUUUGUUAGAUUUGUUCCUUUUUUCCUCCUGUCUGUGAUUCUACUUGGGCUCACCCUCUGUGGAUCAGUCUGUAGUGCCACGCAUCGGAUCUCUGGAACAUUCCAGCCACUGCCGUCCCUGUCGCCGUGGUCUGUCAAGUCCACGCUGGUCUGCUGAUCCGACCAGCGACUUGAUCUGGACACGCAUUGAAGCACUUUUCUUCUUUUCUUUCUUUAGUUCCUCUUUAUUUGUUUUUCUUUCAUUUUCAAGUCUUAUACAUUGUACGUGGGGGAGAACAUACUCACACAACCUUGAAAAUGUUUCCUGUAUUAUUUGACGUUGCAUUUCUUUAAACGCACAUACACGUAUAUAUAUAUAUAUACGCUCCUGUGGAUGGCAAAAAGGAAUUGGGGUUGAAAAAUGGAACCAAGCUGAAAGAAUCGUGUGAGUGUUUUAGUCGAUACUGAAAAACGGGUUUUCAUUAUGAAACGUCAGGCUCAUAGCUCUAAAGGAGAUUAUGGAAAAAUCCAGCCACAUGACUUCUCUGACCCACUGCGACUUUGUGAAGGCUUUGAGAAUGUAAACUUUUUAAAUAAUGGUUAAAAUAAAAUAUAAAACAUUUCAAAAAAAAAUUUUUUUACCGGCCACAGGAAAUUGUGGGAUAAUUUCCACAUCCCUCACAAUAUAAUGUCCCUUUGGGCAAAACCAACGUCGCUUUUUUUUUUUUAUCAUGUGACUGAGACAGUAUUAACAAUGUGAUAUUCCAUGUGCAGGUUUCAAAAUGUUUGCUUAGUCAUGGGAUUUGCUUUGAGAAAUUUGCAGCUGCCUGUUUUCAGUCUGUGUCGCUUAAAUUUUAAAUAACUAUGACUGCUCUAAAUUGGCUUUUUGCUCUGCAGAUCUAGACACACACACACACACACACACACACACACACACACACGUUCAGGAUCAUUACCAGCGCAUGUGGGAUGAGCAGGAAUCUCAUUUUCAGUGAAAGUGUCUUGUCUCUUCUUCUUGGCGUCUCUCACAUGUCGGAGGACGUCUAUUUUAGUACUAAUCACACGGCGGCCGGCAUGUUCCCGUUCAUUUGAUUGUUUUUCUCACUUCUGGCCUUAUGCGGUUCAAAUGAGACAAGUUGUUCCAACACCUCUUUUUUUUAUUCCUCUGCAGAAACACAGCUUAAACAGUGUCGCUGUGUUAGUUUUCACUGUAGACAUUUAUUUUGCAUUAAAAAGCCAUUAUAAAACAGACCUAGGUUUUCUUCCUGAGCACAGUCAGCCUCAUCUUUCAUUGAUGAGCUGACUGCAGCGCCACCUGCUGGUGCGCAGCUGGAGGCGCAGUCUGAGGCAGGCGGCUGCUGGUUUCUGAGGGGGUGACGGUUGUUGUCAGGGCUUUUGUGUACGUGGGAGCACAGUGAUGCCAGGGCUCAUGUUGAGCCUCAUAGCCAUUCCAGCAACACACACACACACACACACGCACACAUUUUUAAAAACUGUCUUUGAUACCUGUGUACUGUCCGUGAACAACGAAGGUCCAAAUAUACCUGACGAUUACUGCUCAGCAGCAGCAGCAAUAAAGGAAAUCAGCGCUUUUUUGUUUUUGGAGACAGUGCAUACUGUACCUGUGUAUAUGCCCCAUGGUGACUUGAGAUCUGGAGUGUAAUAUAAUUCUGAUAUUAAUACGAGCCAAGGGAGCUGUUGUGUGUCAAGUUGGAUUAAGACCGAGGAAUGAGACGCUCAGUACCCACGAGGCUCAGUGCAAUUAGACAGAUAAAAAGUGCAAUUACCCCUUUUCUUGUUCUUCUAUUCUAUAGUUCUGUACUGGUGUUUAAUGUCCAGGGAGUCUUCUGGGUAUGAAAAGAUUAAUUUUUUUCAUUUUGUGUUGUAUUUAUUUUUAAAAGAAACAGAGUACAAUUUUGUUCAUUUAAAAAAAACAAAAAAAAAAACUUCAUUAGUAAUUUUAUGCAAUUUACACUUAUUCCCCCCCGGCAUAAAUACCAGAAAAUCACUUGCACUCAUGUUUAGUCAUUUUUGAUAUGAGGGUUGUACAAAGCUUAACGUGGGAAUCUGCUCCAGCUUUUAUUGCUUUUUAAAAUUGCUUGUUGAAAUUGGUUUUAAAAAUGCAGAAUAGACACGUUUAACCACAGCAUCAUAUUUGAAUUUUCCACAACAACAAAGAAGAAAAAACAUUGGAUAUUUAAACAUAUAAUUUCCUUGAUCUGGAUGGUUAAAAGUUGGGCUGUAUAUUGUGCAUUUUGUUAUUUACCACUCAUAGGAGCUGGCUCCUCUCAUGAAGUCUGACACAGAAGUUUUGAUGUGGUCCUGAUGAAGAUGGAAGCCUCUAAAGGGCACUCGAACAAGCAGACACGUUUCUCUCAGAGCAGCUUCUUCUUUCAAAGUGUCUAUCGCCAUGAAAUUAUUCUUUUUUUCCACUUCACGAUCCCACUGAGCAGGAAAUCAACUGAGAAGAAAAGGUACUUCUGUUUUUCUUCCUCUUCUCUCUUCGAUUCUCUUAUGUCUGGGAAUAGUGUAACUUGCAUAAAGCUACAUUUGUUUACUACUGACUGGACUUGAACAUAUAUGACUGUUCCCCUGUCUUAUAAUAUCAUUCCACGAGUUUGUCUGUGAAUUUACUUUGGAAUAGUAACUGUAAAAAAUUUGGUAAAAGUACAUAUGUUUUUAAAAGAAAUAUUGAUGUGUUUUCAGUUGAAGUUCCCAUGUUUGAACAAGUAUGUAGAGUUAAAAAGAACAACCAAAUAAAAAUUAAGUUACUUUUAA